AUGGUCUUAACCCUGACAUUGAACCCCGAAGAAGUACAAGAGCCAGCGUGUAUGAUCGCGGACCUGACGACACAAAUGUAUUUCUGUAUGGAUCCGAGAACUAGGAAACGCAGCGAAUGUGUCAGUGAGUCGCGGAAAAGCUUCUUAGCAGAUGAGAAGAUGGAAUGCACACUACGUCGCGCGUCCUUCAUCAAUGCAUCUGCCGGCGCCUGCGCAGCCAUUGACGAGGCCCAGUCCACUCUCAAAGAGGAUUCCCUGCCAGUGGUGAAUGGACGUGAAGUGGAACAGCUGGAAUCUGCAGCGAUUAACAAGAUGGCGCUGCUCAGCGCAGCUGUUACCCGCCAUCUUACCGCACAUUUUGAUCCCAAAAAUGUGGACUACGCAGAUUCUGUGAAUUCAAUGAACACUAUCAAGGAACUUAUACCGGAGUUAGCAACAGAUGCUAAAGCGUUAAGCAGCGUUCGCGAUAGCAAGUCUCGACAAGAGCUGUUAGCAGAGAUGGAGGCUUUGUGCGAAGCUGCAAGACGGCUUUGCUUGCUCACUGAAUCUGAUGACCAUGACGUAAGUUUAACUAAUAUCUAUAAGGAAUAA